GUGUCGUUUCUCCGGACUGGACGCAAAUUGCCACCAGAACUGCCGCGAUGCUCGCCUUAGCGUUCUUGGUGCUCGCCGUCAGCGUGGGAAGCUGGUUUUAUUCAUGGCGAAAGAACAGGUUCUCCAUCUUCAAGAACAGCAACAUUCCUGGACCCGAACCGAACCUCUUAUUCGGAAACUCUUUGGAGAUAAUGCAAAAGGGUGACGUCGUUGCGUUCAGUGAUUGGACAAAGGAAUAUGGAGAUGUCGUUGGGUUCUUCAGCGGAGCAUGUCCCUGCAUCUUGGUCAAAGAUGUCGAUCUCAUUCGCUCUAUUCAAAUGAAGGACGCCGGCAACAUUUCGGAACGAACUAUGGAGUCGGUGUUUUCGAUUCUGCAUAUCAUCACGAAAAUGCACCUCCAGUCCGGAUCCGGUGAUAACGUAAAAAGGAUCCGCAGACUAAUUCCCACCAUGUUCAAGUCCACCAACCUGAAAAAGAUUUUUAACUGGAUGGUCAUGUCGGCGGACGCACUCGUGAAAGACCUGAACCCCGGCCGCCACCCGGCAGGAUCGGUCGAGGUGUGCAAACACUUCGGAAAAUUCGCCGCCCAAGUGAGCAGUGGCUUCGUUCUGGAAAACGCCAGAAAUGGAAAGGGACAUCCGGCGAAGCCCACCGCGGAGCAACUCUACACGUGCUCCCUCGAAGUCGUAAACACGCUCAGCACCAGGUGGUUCACGGGGCUCACAGAGGGUCUCCCCGAGUUCUCUGUUGUCUGGAAAAUGCUUCAUUCGCUCGUCUUGUGCCUCGGAUUGCAUCCUUUGGCCCGACUGCGGAAAAUCUACCGACGACUGAUGACGGAAAACGAUUUUCCCGCCGACCCCGAGAAGAGUGACCUCGUCACACUGAUGCUUCACGCGGCCGCCGAGGCAAAGGCUCAGCCGGGAUCUCAACCAGCCAACGAUGCGCCGAACCAAGAAAAAUUCCGGUACGACACCGAAAUGGAGUCCAAUGCCCUGAUCAUCCUUAUUGCUGGGAGUGUUCCAAUCUGCAAAGCAUUGAGUUCAUGCGCCUUUUUUCUGGCCAAAUACCAGGAUAUUCAGAAGAAGGCAAGAGCAGAAGUCGAAGCUACACUGGCUCGAGAUGGUAAGCUCACUUUCGACAACAUUUCGGCCAUGCGGUAUUUGAAGCAGGUCCUUCUGGAAUCUCUCCGUUAUACGUCGUCUGCAUUCGGAUUCAACACGCGCAUCACGGGCCAGGAGCAUUCCUACAAGGGCUUGACAAUCCCGAAGGGAGUGACCGUCGUGGUGCCGUCCUUCGACCUCCACAAUGACCCGGACCUUUUUUCCAAGCCGGAGCUAUUCGAUCCCGAAAGAUUCGACGGGAAGGGCAAGAGUGCCGAGGACACGGCCGCCCUGCAGGUGUUCAACAACGGCCUGGGUACCUGCGUUGGGAUGAAGCUCGCCCAGGUGGAGAUCGUGCUGGCCCUGGCCCGUCUACUGGCCGAGUACCGACUGGUGCUGGACGAGACGCGGCACACGGGGGGACGCCAAGAGUCACACAUGAUCGCGAGGAAUUUCAAGAACCCGGAAAUCUGGAUCAAGUUUGAGAACAUCGUGAAACCAUCUGCCACGUCGAACGGAACGGUGUUCGACUGAAGAGGAGCGUUAGAAACAAAAGACUCACGAGGAACGCGAAGGAAAUUAAGCCGUCCAUCGGGCCUCCACAACUAUAGCCUAGAAUAUGAGACCAGUGGCGUCGAAACAAAGGACGGGGGGGGGGGGGGG